AAAUGGAGGACAGGAAUGGAACUUCCGAAACUUUUGUUUGCAAACUUGUCAUGUUUGGAUAGUUUUUGUGUUGGAAGUAAAGUGACAUUAAUUCCUUAAUGCAACGCCUUCACACUGCAAAGAUUUGGACCAUAUGUAAAAGAAAUACGACAGUCACUGUCCUGGUUUAUGCGUGAAGACGAAUCAGGAUAAGGACAAAAUAAAUGAAGACACUUCGACCAGUGAAUGAUUGGUGGUUUUUUUUUGCAAAGUUUUAAAAGUGGUACCAGAGGAAUUUGGACAGACAUGGCAUGCGUUUAACUUCCAGCCAUUCAUAAUGAAAAUGCAAAAAAUUAUCCACUAGGCUUCCUUUGGAUUACUUAAUCUUUCCAUAAAAAUGACAAAAAUACGUGUUAAACUACCAAAAUACCAGGACUUCCCUACAAACAGUGUCUGAACAAAGUAUCAGUAACGUAGCACCAUGUUCAAAAAUGAGUACCAGGGUGGACCUUUUUUUGAAAUUCUUACCUUACAAGGAAAGGAAUCGUCUGCUCAUUGGAAGUUCAGUGGUGGAGUUAAGAAGACAUUUGAUAAGGAUGUGAAGAGUUUUAUCUAUAGUCUGGAAGGGACACCAUCAACUACCAAGGUUCAGUUCCCAAAGGAUCAGUCACAAGCAGUUCCCCUGAUCCAGCGAUACCUGGUAAUACAGCUUCACCUUGCAAAGGGUCAGGACCUGUCCAUUGAACUAGGAGUAGCAGACUUGGGUAACAAUAAGAGAAGGCUUCACUUCUCUACAGCACAGAAGGAGACUCAGGUCACUCCACUUCAUGCCAAGAUUCCUCUCACCAUCCUCCGCCGAAGUAUUUGGCUGAACAUGUGUAUAGACAUGGUGUCCUUGGUGGGUGAGACUUGGCGGGGACAGACAUACAAAGCAACACAAAGUAUCACUGUAUCUGCUAACUGUAAACUUCGGCGUAUUUUUACUAUGAAGACCCAGCCACCUGACACAGCAGGAGAUGAGGAAAUGUAUGGCUGCCCUCCAAGUAAUUCUGGAGAACUUGACCAGAUCCCAAAGUCGUGUCAACUGGCCAACGAUGUCCAGCAAAUAACCCAGCUGCUUACAUUGACUAAGAUCCGACACGGUGAGAGGCUGAGAGGCGGGAGUGGAGAUGUGAAUCGCGCAUCAGCCACUCUGGAACUAGAUUUGAACUCCAGUGGACGUCGGACUUCCUUAAAUGACUCCUACCAUAUAGCAUUUGGUUCCAAGGUACCUGGAGGUAAAACCACGAGUCAGAAUACGAGUAGGAAGUCCGCACAGGGCAAUAUGACUAACAGAAGUAGCAGAAAUACAUACUCUCGAAUGGAUUCUCAGACAGAAGACACAUCGGAGGAGCACUUUGAGCUGUCUUCCAGUAUAACAAGUAAGGAUGGACUUCUGAGUGAUCACAGUCGAGAAGAUUCCGUCCACCAGCCUUCCCACCAGAGACAGGGCUCUGACUCCCUCUCCCAGGUUGAUCUGGAAAUGAUGUCCCGGAUCGACAAACCAAAACAGGAUUUCUCUAUGGUACAGCCCCACCCCCCUCGUGAGCCAUCCAAGGACAGACUACGGCGUAAGAUACGUGUAAAGGCUGGUGGUAGUGGAGUCGGUAAGGACCGUGUGUCAAGUGCUGGUUCUGUUACGGAUGAGAGCACAAGUGUUGGUCCAAACAAACAGUCACAGCAUUCAGAGUCCGGUUACAGUAGUCUCACAGCUACACAUCGCAAACGCUUAGUAUCAGAUGGAGAGCUCAUUUUAUCAGACGAAAGUGAGAAUACAGCAGAUUCAGCCAACCGAAACAGAUCUGCGGAGACAGCACGUUGUGCUGUAGUACAGGGAGUCCCGAGAAUGGCUGACCAACAAGUCGGGAGAACAGGCAGUCGUUUUAAAGGGGUUGGAGCCUCGGGACAAGAUCCACACAGCAAACUGAGCUCUAAGGCUUCAAAGGAGUACCACUGUGAAGACUAUGAGGAAGAGGGUGCCGAGGUGAUGGAUGAGUCUAUGAGCAGUGUGAUAGAACUGUUGAAACAGAAGGCAGGUCUGGGCCAGGACUGGGAUCAUCUGACAGAUGAAGAGGAGAGUUCGGCUGAGGAUCUGGGCCGGGAGGAGUACGAAGAGAGUGAUGAGGAAGACAGUGACAAAAAAGACAACAUAUUCAUGUUUGCUGUUCCACCAAAGUCAGCACCACGACGCCAUUUGUCCCCGAGCCAGACAGACAGUAUCUUAGAUGCUGACUUCUCAUCACAGUCUAGAGCACUUCCACAAAAUUCAAAGAAGGUUUCCAAGGACUUAGCCAGAGGAGCGCGUCCUGAGGAGGAUUUCUUUAGCAAAAACUCGAGUAGUGAUGAAGAUGAUGUACAUCUCUGGAAAAAGUUAGCAGGGUCACGGCCUAACAGUGGCACAAACAGUCGGCCACAUAGUGGCACAAACAGCCGACCUCAUAGUGGCACAAACAGUCGACCUCAUAGUGGCACAAAUAGUCGACCACAUAGUGGCACACAAAGUGGCACCAAUAGCCGAAAUCACAGUGGCAAAACCAGAAAUGGUACAAACAAUAUGUCAGUUAGUCCUAAAUCUGGGGUGGAAAAAAAGAUUCCGAGGACAGUGUUAAGUUCAGUACAGCCUCAGAUUGCCAACGAAAGUCCAGAACUCCGCUCUAACACAUCAGUAUUACAAGUUCCCGGAAUGAGCAAUGGACAUUUAUCUAACAAUUCUAUUUCCCGCAUGAGUCGAAAAUCUUUACGAGAGAUUCCAAUGAAUGAUGCCCGACUGAAAUCAUCUGAGAAGCCAUAUGACUUUUCAAAAUACCAAAUGGCAGACAUUACAGAAUCAUUUGAAGCCAAAAUGUUAUCCAGCAUGAAACGUCAUAAUGAUGAGGAAUUGGAGGAUGUAGUCGAAUCGCCAAGGAAACAGACAGCUCCCAGCAUGCCUGCAAAUAAGAGUCCUCACUCCACACAGGAACACAAUCCUCGCAACUUAUAUGACUUCUCUCCUACACUGACCAGUGACGAUGACACCAGUCUCAGUACAUGGCAGGCUCCUCCUAAUGCCCCUCACAACUACCAGGAUGAAAUGAAAUCUCGACUAAGUACAGACACCCUCACCUCAUCCAACCCCAGGGACUGGGGAAUGUUUAGUCCACCCCUACCAGUCUUCCAAAACCAGCUGAAGAACUCGAACGAGGACCUGUCUGUGGGCAGCAAUAACCCAUCUCCACGGAAGGAACUUUCUGAUUUGAGCCCGAGGAAGGCAGGAUUAUCUGCAAUAGGACGACAGGAUACGACGGAUGAUGAUUCUAUAGAGGAGUUGGACUUACUGUACGAUCCUUGUCUCAACUGUUACUAUGAUCCAAGGAGCUGUAAAUACUAUGAACUUGUGUAGCAUUGUCCUCUUAUAUUCAACAGGUGUGUCAGCAAAAUUUGAUUGUCUGGAAAUCUGAAUAUUCUGUUAGCCAUCAUUCAUUUCCAAUCAGCAAUUUUCAUGUUACAGUUUGGAAUCCAUUCAUCAGCAUUGACAUAGGAUUUUGUAAUUGUAGUGGUGUUCAUUCAGAUUGUGAAUUUCAGGUACCAAGUACAUAAACAUAGACAUUGUCAGAAACUGUCACAGUUAAAUACAUGAACAGUGUGUAAAUCUUUUUAUUUAGUGAACGUCCUCAAGAAAUGUUUUCAAGAAAUGUGUUGAUUCAGAAAUCUGUGAGAGUUUUAAAAUCUGGGAACUUAUAUACUUGUACAUGUAUGUUUUAACUAUUAAAAGUUUUAAUAACUUAAAAAAAAAACUAUGUAUAAUAGUUUAAAUGUUAAACUCAAAAUACAGUUUAUUUUGUUUGUCCCCUGGCUUGAAAUAUUGAUGUCUGUCAAUCCAUCUGUCUGUCAAUCCAUCUGUCUGUCAGCCCAUCAGUGUAUCACUUCUUUGUCUAUGAAUUUAAGAGUGUUAUCCAUACAAGUAGUGUAUACAGUAGAUCAACCAAUGAUCAUUAUAGAUACAGGCCUGUAUCAUCAGAUCAACCAAUGAUCAUUGUAGUUACAGACCUGUAUCAUCAGAUCAGCC